CUUUCUUGGUAUUUUCAUCUUCUGUAUCAGUUUUGAAUUCACUUUCUUUGUUUUUAGUGUUGACUCACUCUCAUGUUAAUGUUUUGUGCAGAACACAUGCUUUUUAUGGGUAGCAACUCUUGUGUAAACGAAUCUAUGACAGCGACGAGAAGUUGUCUGUACUAAAUGAUUUGUCUCUCACUGAUCUCAACAGCUUUAUCCCUGUAGUCCGCUCUCAGAUAUUUAUUGAAGCUCUAUGUCAUGGUAAUUUGUCGGAAGACGAAGCAGUAAACAUAUCACGCAUAUUCAAAAACAGUUUGACAACUGAACCGCUCCCAGUCAAAUCUAGACACAGAGAGCAGAUAACGUGUUUCCCUCUGAGUGCCAAACUUGUAAGAGUUGUCAACGUGAAGAACAAAUCUGAAACAAACUCAGUAGUCGAGCUUUACUAUCAAAUCGAACCCGAGGAAGCUCAGUCAACAAAAAUGAAAGCUAUGCUGGAUCUAUUUCACGAAAUCAUAGAAGAGCCAUUGUUCAGUCAGUUAAGGACAAAGGAGCAGCUUGGUUAUGUUGAGUGCGGCCCUCGCUUAACUUAUCGUGUCCACGGUUUCUGUUUCUGUGUUCAAUCUUCAAAGUACGGUCCAGUUCAUUUAUUCGGGAGAAUCGACAAUUUCAUAAAAGACAUCGAAGGGCUUCUGGAACAACUCGAUGAAGAGUCCUUUGGAGAUUAUAGAAGCGGUGUGAUUGCUAGAUUGCUGGAAAAGGAUCCCUCUCUCUUGUCUGAAACAAACGAGUUAUGGAGUCAGAUUGUCGACAAAAGGUACAUGUUUGAUUACUCCCACAAAGAAGCAGAAGAGCUAAGAAGCAUAGAGAAGAAAGAUGUGAUCAGCUGGUACAAAACCUACUUCCGAGAAUCAUCACCCAAAUGUCGUAGGCUUGCGGUUAGGGUAUGGGGAUGCGACACCAAUAUGAAAGAAACUCAAACAGAUCCCAAGUCAGUGCAGCAAGUCAUCGCAGAAGCUGUGGCUUUCAAGUCGACCUCUCAGUUUUACCCAAGCCUCUGCUAGUGAGCAACAAUAGUUACUAUUUAUUUACACAAUUGCUUCAAUUUUUCCUUGAUAUUGUUUUCAUUAACUCAAACUUCCUUUAUCGCUGGUAGGGGUGGGCAAAAAAUCCAAACCGAACCGAAUCGAACCAACCAAACCGAAGUUAAACCGAACCAAACCAAACCGUAUUCUUUAUGUAAUUCAAUUGGUUCAUGUUUUACUCAACCCGAACGGUUUGGUUUGGUUUGGGUUUAAACCGAACCAAACCGAACCAAACCGAUAAUCCAAUAUAUAUAUAGUAAAAAUAUAUAUGAUAUAUAUAUAUGUAUUAACAUAUUGUAAAUUUUAGCUAAAGUUUCGUUUUUCAUUUUUUCAUAACUUCUAUAUCUUUAAAAAAAAAUUAUAAAUACCAUUCAAAUAAUACUAUUAUAUAUAAAAUCAUGUAGCAUAAGUUUUUAUAUUCUCACUCUAUCGUUUAUGAGUUGAUUAUUUUUUAAUAAAAGUAUAAAAAUAAUGCCUUUAUAUUUUAUAACCAACCCAAACUACACCGAACCAAACUCGACCAUAAUAAUGUAAACCGAACUAAAUCUAAACUAAACCGAACCGAACCGAAUUAAACCCAAACCGAACCCAAACCAAAGCUACUUUGGUUUUAAUUGGUUUGAGUUUUAUAAAACCCAAAUUACCCAAACUAAACCGAACCCAAACCGAACCCGAAACUAAACCGAAAUGCCCACCCCUAAUCGCUGGGAGAAAAAAGUAUGUUUUGUUAUUA